AUGUCCGAAUCUGCAACUGAGGUGGAGACGGGAGCGCAUGAAGUCCGCAUCACACUCCAUGGGAAGAUGCAGACAUGGGUUGGGUUCGCGUUGGACUUUCUGGCUAAGAACGAAACUCGACCGUUGGUACUCCACACUCUACCCGCUAAGCGGGACAAGGAAAGCGGUCCAGAGGAUGCCGACAAGGAUCAAGUAAAGCGUGGCCUGCCUCCUUCGACGGCCGCGGUUCCGCGUCUUACCUCAGUGGUCGAGAUCAUCAAGCGAGAAUUCGUCAAGCUAGACGGGACGCCGGAGGAGCGUACACUGCACCAGUACAAUGAAGUGGGCUGCCUGGAUGAAGAUGAGCCACCAACAGCAGACGAGACAGGCGAGCAGGCUAGAAGAGACGCCCUGAUGAAAGCACUGGAAGGCAAGCACCAUCUGAGAAUUAGCAAAACGCCGUACAUGAGAGUGACCCUUUGUCGCAAGGAAGUGCCGGGCCUGAACGCAACAUAUCAAGGAGCUGUAGCGAAACGACUGUCGAGGUCAGCAAAGGCCAGAGCGAAGAAGAGGGCGGCGGAAUAGCGUAUUUGGGCUGAUAAGUGUGUAUUACAUAAUUAGCGGAGUGGCAAAAAUGUGGCUCAGGCGUCGCGUUUGUUCGCUGUUCAAGUCGCC